UCUUUUUUUUUUCCUCAUACAUUAGAAAGUUUUGAUCUCCAAAAGUAAACACAAAAGUUAAAAAAGUUAAAAAUAAAAAAUGAUUAAGCCUAGUUAAAUAAUUAAUUGAAUAAUAAUAAUUAAAUAUUAAUAAUAGAAUAAAUAUAUAUAAUAAUAUAUUAAGACACCGUGAUAAAUUCGAAUGAAAUAUAUUUACUUAACCAUAAAUAAAAAAUAUGUCAAGAGCAAUCGAUGAUCAAGACAAUGACAUUUCAUCAGAAGAUAAUUCUCAGGAUGAGUUAUCAGACAAAAUUUCAUUACAAGAUCUUCCAGUAGAGAUAUUUCUGCAUAUAUGUUCAUUCCUUGACGCAUCAACGCUUGUCCAUCGUCUAGGAUUAACAUGCAAACAGUUUUUUAAUAUUCUACAUGAUGAUUCAAUAUGGAAAACUAGGAUCAGUCGUGUGUGGCCCAACUCACGGUUUCCAAUUUUACCUCCUGAUGAAAAUGAUAAAUUAUUUUGGAAAUUAUCAUGUGUUGUUGUUGAACGUCAAUCGUUUUUAUGGAAAAAUGUCGAAGCUUAUGAAAAUUUUUCACUUGAAGAUGGACAUUAUGGUACUGUUGAUGGAUUAUUACUUAUUGAUAAUGGGAGAACUUGCAUUUCUGGUGGACGUGACAGAUCGUUGAUAUGCUGGAGGCUAAAAUCCGCUGAGCAUGAAGAGAAAAUUCAAAUGAAUCAAAGCUUCGGACAUGACGGAUGGAUACGUGAUUUAACAUUAAUGCAUAAUAAAAUUUAUAGCUGUAGUUGGGAUCAGAGAGUCAUAGAAUGGGACGUAUCUAACAUUGACAUUAAUCUUGUAAAUAGAAUUCCAUUAUUCAGAGAUAAAACGAGUGCAUUGCUGUGUAUUUCAUCAAAUUCAGAAGUAAAUUUAUUAGCUACUGGAUCAUGGAAUAAAACAAUUUCUGUUUUGGAUCCACGGCUACAGGAACCGCUGGUCAAUCAGUAUCAAGCUCAUAAGGGACCUGUACUUAAAGUUAAAAUGGACUCACAGUAUAUUGUAUCAGCAAGUGAAGAUAAACAUGUAUCUAUUUGGGACCAACGAGCUGGACGAAUACUGCAGACUAUAAGGAUCUCAAAAGAUUCAUUUCCAAUGAGUAUGGACAUGCUCAAAGGAACUGUUUAUAUUGGAGACUCGGCUGCUAAUAUUCAUAUAUUAGAUAUAAAUAAAGAAUUUAAUAUUAUCCGAACUUACAAGACUGAACAUACCAAUAAAAUAUCGGGCAUUCGUGUUACACCAGGUAGCAUUAUUACCAGUUCAGCAGAUUCAACAGUAAGAAUUUCAAGUCCAACUGAUCCACCACGACAAUUUACUAUUUUACAAUGCCGUCAUGGUGAUAUUGCAGGAAUGGACUAUAUGAACGAAGUACUUGCGGUAUGCGGAGAAGGCGCAGUUCAAAUUUGGAGACCGAAAACUGAACUUGUCUGCUGAUAUUCAUAAAAUUUAUUUAAAUUUAACUGCCAAAAUUUAUUUAAUGCGUUUUAAUGUAAAAUAAUUUUUAAAUGUUUGCUUUUUUUAACUAUUGAUUAAAAAUCUUAAUAUGAAGCUUUUA